AUGCCUGUUGACCAGAUUCUAAUGGAGAUAAGGGACGAACCGUCUCUCAAGUGGCUAAGACCACUCCAUUCAGCGCCUAGUUUGCGCGAUAAGAGGAAAUAUUGUCGUUUUCACAAAGACCAUGGGCAUUACACAGAGGAUUGUAGGGAUCUGAAGGAGCAGAUUGAAGAGCUCAUCCGUAAUGGGAAACUACAACAAUAUGUAAAAAGGGGAGAUUCCGGCAGGUACGACCAGAAAAGCCAGCAAGGCGGUUCAAGGAAAGACAAAGACCGCCCCCCACCUCGUCCACAAAGCGCACUGGGGGAGAUAAAGACCAUCGUCGGGGGACCAACCACGGGAGGAUCAUUCAAAUCCCUUAGGAAGUCAUACCAAAGGCAGGUAAACAGUGUUCAUAGUAUACCUCCCUUGAAGCAAAGACGAACCAACCAAGACAUGUAUUUCUCAGAAGAAGACGCCAGGGGUGUAAAGCAACCUUAUGAUGACCCACUCGUCAUUAUGAUCAUGAUCGAGGGUUCAAUACGCGAAGAGUCCUGGUCAAUAGUGGGAGCUCAGCCGAUAUAA